CCAGAGAUCAACAAAGAUCAUGAAAUUAAUGGAAAACUAAACUGAAUUAAAAACGCAAUUAAAGUCGAAUGCGAUAGACAGAGAUUGGAGAUGCAUCUCUUAAAUUUAGAUUGCAAAUUCAAUUUGCAUGGCUGACCGAGGUUUCACUGUACUGGCACUAGCGUCACACGUACUGUGUACUAGGUAUAACGCCCGGCUGCGCCAAUUUACGUGCGUCGUCGUCUAUUCGUUAAAAAUAAAAACAGAUUUCGAACGGAACAGAGAAAGGCAGGGUAAAAGAUGCCCAAUGAACCCCACCGAGAUAUCACACAUCAGCCAAAGCGAUCUCUCCAGGGAUAUAUUCAUAUAUAUGCUAUAUUCACAUCGCAAUAUAUCUAGGGCAAGGUGCAGGUCUUCUUUGGCUAGAAUCGCAAGGGGGUUAAGGGGCAGUUUUCGGUGAGGCGGCGCCGCGAUCAAUGAGCUCAUUGCUGUUUACGAUUUGUAAUUUAUAUAUGCUCUACAUUAUAUAUACCAAAACAAAUUGGGGGUGCUAUAUACGCUUGUACCCACAUAUAAGUCGGAUGUAUAUGGGCGCCAAAAGGAAAAGUCUUUGGUCGAAUGACGACCAUUGGUACAAUUAGUAAGUCAAGUCGUCGGGCAUUUGCCAAAAUGCCAAUGAGACAUUGACAUUGAGCGUGCGAUCGAUUGUUCCGAUCCGAUCUGAUCCGAAUAGAACCAAUACGAGCUGAUCCGAUUAUGCGCAGGUUUCCUUUGGGGCCACUAUUGGCAGCCUCGCGAGUCUUGCCCAGCUAGUCGAACCCAACGCAAUUCGAGGGAAUCGCCAGUGCAAUAUUAGAUAACCGAGUAUUUUUUUCCCCUUGGGAUCCAGAAAGAAAACUGACAAGGUACCGGAGAGAUCACCAUCCCCAGCCUACGGAAUGUCCAACGAACUCAGCGAACUAAUCGCCCUCGGGUGUCCAGAUCUCACGGCCCAAAAGCGUGAGGGCGGAAGCACCCAGGUGGAGUUGAUUCUCAACACAGAGCGCCGCUUAAGCAUUAAACAGAUGACAGCCACGGAUUUGGCCACCUUACGGGCAGCAGCUGCCGCUGAAGCUGAGGCCAGAUCCCGAGCCCAAGCGGAGGCGGAAGCUCGGGCAAUUGCCCAGGAACAGUUGCGGCAGGCCCGCGAGGCCGAGUCCAAGGCCAGAGCACGUGCUGCCCUCGAGGUGCAGGCCCAGCUACAACGGGUGAUGGAGAGCGAGAAGCGCAGGGAGCAAGAGGAACAGGAGAAGCGUGAAAGGGAACAGACGGAUGAAGAGGAGGAUGAAGUCGAAGAAGAGGAGCUGGCCAAAGGUUCGCUUCCAACCAAUUCUGGCCCAAGGGAACGCAUUACUUCGUUACCCAGCAACAUUGACGAUGCAAUGGAGAUGCACCUAUUAAAUGUGUCCCAGCCAAAGGCCUCAUCCAAAGAUGAUUCCCCGCCCCAGAAGAGUACAUCCCACCUGGCCGACUCCAUUGAGCUGCUACGAAUGCAGCGAGCUGCUCGUGAUGCGCGUUCCCAUAAUCGCACCCGAGAACGGUCCAUUUCACCAGAGCGUAAUCAUGAAAGAAGUGCAGCUCCUGAUCGCCUCCAGAGUUCCGCCAGUAUGACCAGCUUGGACUCGGCCAGUAUCAGUGCCUCGGCUUCAAGACAGCCCAGCAAAGCAGCCAGUCGACGCGGAAGCACAUCUAGUGCCACUGGAGUGGAACCACCUGUAGCACCAGUGCCACAGGCAUCUAAAUUUCCCCUCACCAAGACGGUAUCAGCGCCUAAUGUGAUGAACCGACGGCGUAGUAGCCUCACCUCGCUUUUUCCUGGACCAUCACCUUUGGUGGCACCCGAGCCAUCUCUGCACACCGAUCCCGAUCCGAAGGUUCAACAACAGAUAGAAGAGGAUCAUCGCCGCGGGCGAAUGGACGAUGGUUACCGUGAGAUACCCAGUGGAAAAAUGGUGCAUCGAACCAAGACACCACCACCGGUGGGCACCAAUCUGGGAGUGAGCCUAAAGCGCGUAACAGCGCCCAGUGGAUCGAUAACUAUAAAGCCCAAAGAGUCACCCAUGCUUGGAGUGGUUCUUCGUAGAGUUGAGAAGAAAGUUGUGCCGCAGAAGAGCAUUCUGGACGAUGAUAAACCAUUGUACCACUUCUCCAUAGUGCGCAGUGAUAACAAGGAACAUGUGCCUGCCCAACCUAAACCUAAACCCAAGCCUGCUCCUGUCAAGCCAAGUCCUGGUGGCAUUCUCACAGGACCUCAAGUGAUCCGUACCGCACCCAAACAACCGGUGCCCGUUAAGCCGCAGCGUCCCAUGCCCGGUGUUCCCAUCACAAUAACCAAGAUCGAGGGCGAUAAGAUCAUCAUUAUUAAAAAGAUCGUAGUGCCGAAGAACAGUAAGAUACCGGAGCAGUAUCUACAGAUGAGUGAAGAUGCCGGCAAGCCAGCAGUUACAGUGCCCCCAGCGGUUUCCUCCUCCACCGCCCAGUCACCAAACCUAAGAACAAAAGAGGAAUCUCAACCAGCUAUGCAGAAACCGACGCCACCACCGGCCAGUGGCCAGCAGUUUUUCCAGGUGGUCUCCCCGCAGUUUGCUUCGGUGCUGUCGUCCAGCAUUCCGGAGAGCAAGUGCGGAGUUCGUUCACCGAUCUCCUCACCGUUGGCUAUCCGGAAGAGUCGACCACCUCUACUGCCGGCCAGUCCCAAAUCUACGCCUCCACUACCAAGGAAGCAUCACCCACUUGCCUACAAUGCGGCCACGGGAACGAUCAGCAGUGCCUCAGUGGGAGCUUUGCCUUCCCGUUUAAUGGCCACCAUUGCCUCGAGUCCGGCUUCGAGUAUAUCGCUGUCCUCCUGUAGUUCCCCAUCUUCCUCCCCACCACCUCCAGUUCCAUGUCGGGCUCCCAAGAAUGCCAAACACACUGCAGCUGUUGCUCCUCCUCCGUCUAACGAAAUCAGUCUAGACAAGUUGCUACAACAGCAACAGGAGCUGGAGGAAAAAUCGGCGGCAGCCACUAACAGUGCCAAGUUGGAUGCGAAUUUCUACGAUGCCGAGAUAGAGAUGAUGAACAAGUAUUUAAAGAGCUUGCCCGACUACAGCGAGUUGGACAGAAAGCUGCACCAGGAAUUCCAGGAAUGUGAAGAUCUAUACGACAGGAUCAAGCGGCAGCAGCAGCCAUUGGCCAAAUCCAAUUCGCAGCAGUCGGUGACGAAGGGUGCACCUGGAACAGGAGUACCAGCAAUCUCUUCCGGCUUAUCCAAGUCGUCCUCAAUUAACUUUGCCCAGAAUCCCAGUAGUCGAGGAGCUGCUCCGCGUAUGGCCUAUCCCUCCAUAUUUUCACAGUCUGGUGGCGAGCCGAAGCUGCAGCGCAGCAUUUCCAGCUCCAAUAUGCCACUAAGUACGCCGACUCCAAUGCGUCCGUUGCCGGCAAAGAAUGGAUUGCAAAGUGGCUCCAAUCUGUCCCUUAACAAGCAGUUGAUGAACGAAUUCUGGAGCGAGAAUCUUACCAGUUCCCAGAAACGGCAAACUCCGAAGCGAACCUUUUGGAACUAUGAGAAGAUCUGUGGAGCCCAGUUGGGUGAUGCCGGACAACCGUUUAAGGUGGAUGCCAAGACAGCCAAGAAACUAGCUAUAUUUGAUCCCACGGUGGCGGAGGCGGCUCAAAAGGAACUACAGCGUCCUCAGCAGACGCAGGUGCCUCAACAUCACCCCCACAAGUUGCAGAAGAAUGCCUCCCUCUCGCACUUGGAUCUAAAGGUGCGUCAGGCGGUGACCAAGGACGAUCUCUACAAGCUGAUUUGCAACGAGCAAUCUCCCUCGGCUGGAACGAGUUUUGUGAGCAGAGUGCCGGUCAAGCAGCAACCUCCAGCACAGCAGCAACAGGCCCUCCCGAAGAGCAUGUCAAUGACACAUGUCCCUGGUGGUGGUCAACCCAUCGGAGCUCCUUUGAUGCGGACUGCUAGUCGCACGCAUAUACCGUGCUAUAUGAAGAAUCUACCUUCGUUGAGCAGGAGCACCUCGAACUCUGCGAUACUUAUGUCACAGCCACGCAAGGACCCUCCGCCGAGGGAGCCACCUAAGGCUGCACCACCACCUCUUGCCCUAACUACUGCUCCGCCGACUGUAAGCAAACCCAGUGGGGUUUUGAAGAGCUCCAGCAGUUCCUGUGUCCCUUCGCCACGUUGCGCUGCCGCCUUCUUCCGUCGACCGCAGGAAAACAACCUCCAGCAACAGCAACAACAGCCACUGCAGAAACCACAACAAGUGGCACCAAUCGAGGAAUCUGGGCCAGGGGAUUCGGCAUCUCUAGAACGCAAAUCGGAGAAAAGCAAUAGCACAAUAAGCACAAGCAGCUUUACGGUGACCAACUGUUGCACCACCCACCUGCCGCAGCUAUCAAAGUUUACCUCAUCGUUCCACAUUGCCCCUACCACGGCAACAACCACAGCGGCAACAGCUACACCAACCCCAACAGCAGCAGCAACAACCACAACGAGCGACCAACAGCAGCAACAAAGUGGCUCAGCAGCAGCAGCGGCGAUGGCGAAUGCCAACUUGGAGGUGCCAACAUCGUCAUCGUCGUCAGCGGCCACAAAGCGCCAGAAAGAUGUUGACAACAAGCUAGAAAAAUGCUUAAACGACAUGCUAAAGUUGAAGACCAGCAGCAACAGCAACAACACUAGUAACAUCAAUAAUAAUGCUAUCAUGUCGCAAUCGUUGACAGGCGAGCACAAAGAGCCGAAGCCUGCAGUCGAAGGCCCCACGAGCAGCAGCACUAGCAAGUACGCGGGAGAAUCUCAGAUCCCAGUGCCAGUACAGCUUUACGAUCCACAGAAGCCGUUGCUGCAACAACAGCAGCACCAGCAGCAGCAACAAAGGAUUUGUUAUCCCAUAGGAAAAUCGAAUUCUACCUCACAGUUACCCAUGGGCGGCUAUCAACGUUUGCUGCAACACCAGCAGCAUCACCAACAGCAACAGCAACCGCAUCAGGAACAGCAGCAAUAUCCUCAACACAAGCGACCCUUUUUAAACUGGAAUAGCUUUGCAUGUUCCGCCAUGAAUGGUGCGAGUGAUCCCUUCAUGCAGCAGCAACAUAUACCUGCCCAUCAGCAACAGCAGCAGCAGCCACAUUUGCCCCACAAGCUUCAGCAGUCGUACUCUUCCUCGCAUGUGCCAAAGCAGGCACCCAAAUCGGGACUGGCCAUGUUUCUGCAAAAGAACACCAACAAGGAGAACAAGUUUGGCCAGCCGCUGCAGCAACAGCCGCCCGGCAUGAUGCCCCAGAUGUACGGCUACCAAGCGCCUCAGCAGCCAUCCAAGAUCGGCUAUCCCCGCACCGGUGCCCCACUGACGCACUCGGCCUCCUUCAGCUCCGCCCAAAGGCCGACGGCCCUGCAGUUCCACCAGCAACAUCAACAGCAACAACAGCAGCAACAGCAACACCCCCAGCAGCAUUCCAACUUUGGGCUGGGCAUGAUGAGUAGGAAUUACUAUAAUAUGCCCAAGCAGCCGGAGCGCAAGCCGUUGCAGACCUUCGAUCCGUAUGCCUAUCCCAAGCCGAAUCAGAUGCAGCCGGUCAAGUACCAACAGCAGCAGCAACAACAGCAACAUCAGCAACCGCAUCCGCAUACGCAGUUUCUGAAUGCUUCCGCUGGAGGUGGAGGUGGCGGUGCCGCUGGGCUUCAAUACGAUCCAAAUACAAAUACGCAAUUGUUUUACGCGUCGCCGGCGUCAUCGUCAUCGAACAUGCAACCGCAGCAACCACAACAGCAGCAGCAGUCGCAGCUACAACAAAGCAAUUCUGUCAUAUUCAAUCACUCAAGCCAGCAACACCAACCACAUCAACAGCAGCAGCAGAAUGAAAUGUCCAAGUCCGCUUUGGGGCUGCAUUUCAUCGAGACAGCAAAGCCCGUCAUUCAAGAUGAUGCUGAUGGUCACUUAAUUUACCACACCGGAGACAUUCUCCAUCACAGAUAUAAGAUCAUGGCCACACUGGGUGAGGGAACCUUUGGACGUGUGGUCAAGGUCAAAGACAUGGAGCGUGAUUACUGCAUGGCCUUGAAGAUUAUUAAGAACGUGGAAAAGUACCGUGAAGCUGCCAAGCUAGAGAUUAAUGCUUUGGAAAAGAUUGCCCAGAAGGAUCCGCAUUGCGAUCAUUUGUGCGUGAAAAUGAUUGACUGGUUUGACUACCAUGGCCACAUGUGUAUAGUUUUUGAAAUGUUGGGGCUUAGUGUUUUCGAUUUUUUGCGUGAGAACAACUAUGAGCCAUACUCGCUGGACCAAGUGCGCCACAUGGCCUAUCAAUUAUGCUAUUCUGUGAAAUUUUUACAUGACAAUCGUUUAACGCACACAGAUCUCAAGCCGGAGAAUAUACUCUUCGUCGAUUCAGAUUAUACUUCUCACUAUAAUCAUAAGAUUAACCGCGAGGUGCGCCGUGUCAAGAACACUGACGUUCGUCUGAUCGACUUUGGGUCGGCCACCUUUGACCACGAGCAUCACAGCACAAUUGUCUCGACGCGACAUUACCGCGCGCCUGAGGUCAUACUAGAGCUGGGGUGGUCACAGCCGUGUGAUGUUUGGUCCAUUGGGUGCAUCUUGUUUGAACUGUAUCUGGGAAUCACGCUCUUCCAAACGCACGACAAUCGCGAACACCUGGCCAUGAUGGAGCGAAUCUUAGGACAAAUACCAUAUCGCAUGGCACGCAAUCAUACUCUUUAUAGCAAAACCAAAACAAAGUACUUCUAUCACGGUAAGUUAGAUUGGGAUGAGAAGUCCAGUGCGGGUCGCUACGUCCGUGACCACUGCAAGCCGUUGUUCCUGUGCCAGCUGAGCGACAGCGAGGACCACUGUGAGCUGUUCAGUCUGAUCAAGAAGAUGUUGGAGUAUGAGCCCUCGUCCCGCAUCACGUUAGGUGAGGCCCUGCGUCAUCCGUUCUUCGACAGGCUGCCACCGCACCAUAGAGUGGGAGAAGUGAGCAACAAGCAGCCUCUUUCGUCGGGCAGCAGCAGCCGCGAACGGUCGCACAGCCUCUCCAGAUGAGAAUUACAGCGAUUUGGUUAUUGUUGACAGACAGCGCUAAUCAAGCACUCAUUCAUGCAAACAUACACUCAAAGCAGUCGUCCAGCAACGUCUUGCACCGGCCUCGUAGAGUAGAUCAGCAGCUCUGCAGGAGAACCCUAUUUUAAGUGCUAAAGUCUUUUUAUUCUAAAUUUUUUGAACUUGACUUGUAUAGAUGUUAAUUAUACAAAAUUUAUUGA